AUGUCAUUAAAUACAUCAACUACAAGAUCUAAUACUACAAAUACUUCAAAAAGAAAUCUUCAACCUUCUUCUCCAUCUCCUCCACCAUCACAUCCACAUCCACAUCCACAUCCACAACUGGUACUUGAUCUAAUAAAUCAUUAUCCUGAAUUACGCCUUCCAUCACAACAUUAUCCACACACACACACACAACAGCCACCUACUUCCCCACCACGUAUGAUGACCCCUGAUGAAUUUUCUUUUUCUUUUGGUUCAUGGCAUAAUAUUGAUAUACGUGUUCCUGAAAGUAUUUUAUCUUCAGAUGGUGAAGAAUUAGAUUUAGAUAGUAAUUUACCUCACAACAACAACAAUAAUAAUAAUAAUAAUAUUGGUGAUGCUUUAGUACUUGAAUCAGAAGAAGAAGAAGAAGAAGAAGAAGAAGAAGAAGAACCAGAGGAAGAAGAACCAGAGGAAGAAGAACCAGAUGAAGAUAAACUUAUUAUGCCAACAAUGACAAUGAAAUCACAAUAUAAACCAAAAAUAACUAUUCUAUCUAAUAAUAAUGCUAAUUCAUUUAUUAUUCAAUGUUUGGAAGGUAUUGCUGAUAUACAAUAUUCUAAUUUAGAUACUGCUCUUACAAAAAGAGAUCCUCAUCCUCAUACAAUGGCCAAAACUGCUACACCCACUAAUACCACAACUAAUACAGAUAUGGUAUUAAUGGUGAAUGAUGAUAUUGAUGAUAGUAAUAAAGAAAUUGAGAGACAAAUUUGGGAUAACGACAAGUUGAAUAAUGAUCAUGGAUAUUAUUCGUAUUCUUAUCAUGACCCAUUAGGGGUAAUAUUUAUUGAUAAUUGGAGUCUUUUAUUUGGAUUUUCAAUUGGAUUAGGUUUAGGUAUGGGUAUUGCCUUUGGUAUGGUAUCAAUGGUUGAAAAAUUGUUACCCCAAACAUCCUCAAUUAUUCCAGAUGUUAGUACUUCUUGUCCUGGUGGUGGUGGUGGUGGCGGUGGUGGUGACGGUGGUGAUUUCAAUAAAGAAAUGAAUUAUUUGACUAGUAUUAGUAAAAAAAUUGUUGAAUAUAUUAAAGGAGGCUGGGUAGUUGUUUUAAAAAUUUUUUCAUAA